CCAAUAUUCAAACUUCGAUCUAGAGAUCGUUGCAAUCCAAGAUAGAAUUCUUUCUCUCGAUCGAUCCUCGAUCUGCGUUUCAAUACAACGAUCUUCAAACGCCGAUCGAGAUUCGACGAGCGUUUGGAGAUCAAUCCGUACCCUCCCGUGCGUUCCAUUCUAAUCAGUAUUUAUGUGACUGCGUUUUACUCAUAUUCUAGAUUUGAGAGCAUUUGAUAACUUUUUUCAUUUAUUUAUAUUGAUAUUUCCAUUUAAUAUUCUUUAAACACCAGAUUAUAUUAUAAUUUUCUAAAUAUAAUGUUACAUUUUAUGAAAUAACACACCUUAAAACUUACUAAGAUUGAGAUCGGAACGUAACGUACGUGAAGACUGUGAAGUUGUCAAUUGUCAACUUCAAAGCUCAAUCGAAAGAACUCUCCGUACUACACCGCGCUCUUUGCUUGUUUUAUUGUGUUUGGAUAUCUACUGGUACCUUUGUUUAUUCAUUUAAAAUGGAAAGUGGACAGGUUUCAACGAAGCCCCUAACGAGGGAUGAAUCAAAGACUUUGCUGUCUUUUAUAGAAAGCAGCAAAAUAAUAUACAAUAAAGCUACCAAUGCUACCACCAACAAAAUGAAAACGGAGGAAUGGAAACGCAUCGCCGACCAAUUUAAUGCAGUUGUUACAUCAUGCCACCGUACACCUCAACAACUGCGUUUGAAGUGGGAAAAUUUAAAAAAAAAUUCUCGCAAACGCAAUACAUUAAUUAGGAUGAACAACAUUAAGACUGGUGGUGGUGGUCCAGAUUACAUCCCUCCGGAUGAAGUCCUAGACAAGGUAGCUACUUUGUUAGGCAAUACGGUGGAUGGUUUCACUGUUGAAUAUGGUGGCGAUGCUGAACUUGUGCCGGAGCCAACAAACUGGGCUUCUGCUAAUGUAAUUAUUGGUGAUGGUGAUGGUGGUGGUAUUGGAAGUGAUUUUGUUGUAGAAUCGCAAAUUAUAAAAUUAGAUGCCAGCUCCAUAUCUCCUGGAGUCCAAAUUUUACAAAAUGACGUAUUAAAUGAAGCAGAAGACCCAGGAAAGUGUUCAGCAAAAGAACCGAAGAAAUAUUUAUUCACUCCUAGAGCUAGUGGUUCCAAAAGAAAACUCUUCACCAAGGGUGAUGAAAACCGUUCUGCCAGGAAUCAAGCAAUAGCAAAUUAUUUUAUAGCUAAAACUAAGUUAUUAGAAGAGAACUUAGAAAAGGUGAUAUUAGAAAAAAAAAAACUACAACUAGAGAUAGAUAAUUUACAAAAAGAUAAAAGUUAAAUUAAAUAUUUAUUGUUAUUUUUAUUUUAAUUCGUUAAAU